CCGGCCCUCGUCAUUCUGUCCAUCCCUCCCACAUCCAGCUGGGUCGCCUUUGAGCAGUCCAACUUCCGGGGGGAGAUGUUCGUCCUGGAGAAGGGCGAGUACCCGCGCUGGGACACGUGGUCGAGCAGCUACCGCAGCGACAGGCUCAUGUCCUUCCGGCCUAUCAAGAUGGACUCCCAGGAGCACAAGAUCUGCCUGUUUGAAGGUGCCAACUUCAAGGGCAACACCAUGGAGAUCCAGGAGGACGAUGUGCCCAGUCUCUGGGUCUAUGGCUUCCGUGACCGUGUGGGCAGCGUGAGGGUCUCCAGUGGAACCUGGGUCGGCUAUCAAUAUCCCGGCUACCGCGGGUACCAGUACCUCCUGGAGCCAGGCGAAUUCCGGCACUGGAACGAGUGGGGGGCCUUCCAGCCGCAGAUGCAGGCCGUGCGUCGCCUGCGUGACAGGCAGUGGCAUCGUGAGGGCUGCUUCCCGGUCCUCGCCGCCGAGCCCCCCAAGUGAAGCCAUCCACGCUCUGCUCUUCUCCCUUGCCCCGCCCCUCCCCCAGACCCGGUUUGCCCAUCUUUCCCGUGCAAAUAAAAGUUCCUAAAGCCAAA